AUGAAUGGACAUAGUGAUGAAGAAAGUGUUAGAAACAGUAGUGGAGAAUCAAGCCAGUCGGAUGAUGAUUCUGGGUCAGCUUCAGGCUCUGGAUCUGGUUCCAGUUCUGGAAGCAGUAGUGAUGGAAGCAGUAGCCAGUCAGGUAGCAGUGACUCUGACUCUGGAUCUGAAUCGGGCAGUCAGUCAGAAUCUGAGUCAGACACUUCUGGAGAGAACAAAGUUCAAGCAAAACCACCAAAAGUUGAUGGAGCUGAGUUUUGGAAAUCCAGUCCUAGUAUUCUGGCUGUUCAGAGAUCCGCAAUGCUCAAGAAGCAGCAGCAGCAGCAGCAGCAGCAACAGCAGCAGCAACAGGUUUCAUCUAAUAGUGAAUCAGAAGAGGGUUCCUCUAGCAGUGAAGAUUCUGAUGAUACAUCAAGUGAAAUCAAAAGGAAAAAGCAUAAAGAUGAAGAUUGGCAGAUGUCUGCAUCAGGAUCUCCAUCUCAAUCUGGUUCAGAUUCAGAAUCUGAAGAAGGAGAUAAAAGCAGUUGUGAUGAAACAGAAUCUGAUUAUGAACCAAAAAACAAAGUUAAAAGUAGAAAACCUCAAAAUCGAUCUAAGUCAAAAAAUGGAAAGAAGAUUCUUGGACAAAAAAAGAGACAAAUUGAUUCAUCUGAGGAGGAGGAGGAUGAUGAAGAUUAUGAUAAUGAUAAAAGAAGUUCUCGUCGACAAGCAACUGUCAAUGUGAGUUAUAAGGAAGAUGAAGAAAUGAAAACAGAUUCUGAUGACCUCCUUGAAGUCUGUGGAGAGGAUGUUCCUCAACCCGAGGAAGAGGAAUUUGAAACAAUAGAACGAUUUAUGGAUUGUCGGAUUGGGAGAAAAGGAGCUACUGGUGCUACAACAACCAUCUAUGCAGUUGAAGCAGAUGGUGACCCAAAUGCAGGAUUUGAAAAAAACAAGGAAUCAGGAGAAAUCCAAUAUUUAAUUAAAUGGAAAGGAUGGUCCCAUAUUCAUAAUACUUGGGAGACAGAAGAAACCCUUAAACAGCAGAAUGUUAGAGGAAUGAAAAAAUUGGAUAAUUAUAAGAAAAAAGAUCAGGAAACAAAAAGAUGGUUGAAAAAUGCUUCUCCAGAAGAUGUGGAAUAUUAUAAUUGCCAGCAAGAACUUACAGAUGAUCUGCAUAAACAGUAUCAAAUAGUGGAGCGAAUAAUUGCUCAUUCCAAUCAAAAGUCAGCAGCUGGUUAUCCUGAUUAUUAUUGCAAAUGGCAGGGCCUUCCAUACUCAGAGUGCAGCUGGGAGGAUGGUGCUCUCAUUUCCAAAAAGUUUCAAGCAUGUAUAGAUGAAUAUUUUAGCAGAAAUCAGUCAAAAACCACUCCUUUUAAAGAUUGCAAAGUAUUAAAACAAAGGCCAAGAUUUGUAGCCCUAAAGAAGCAGCCAUCCUAUAUUGGGGGACAUGAAGGUUUAGAAUUAAGAGAUUAUCAACUGAAUGGUUUAAACUGGCUUGCUCACUCUUGGUGCAAAGGAAAUAGUUGCAUACUUGCUGAUGAAAUGGGCCUUGGAAAAACAAUACAGACGAUCUCAUUUCUGAAUUAUUUGUUUCAUGAACAUCAAUUAUAUGGACCUUUUCUGUUAGUAGUACCACUCUCCACUCUCACUUCCUGGCAAAGGGAAAUUCAGACAUGGGCUUCUCAAAUGAAUGCUGUGGUUUAUUUAGGUGAUAUUAACAGUAGAAACAUGAUAAGAACUCAUGAAUGGAUGCAUCCCCAGACCAAACGGUUAAAAUUUAAUAUACUGUUAACAACUUAUGAAAUUUUAUUGAAGGAUAAGGCAUUCCUUGGUGGUCUAAAUUGGGCAUUUAUAGGUGUAGAUGAAGCACAUCGAUUAAAGAAUGAUGAUUCUCUUCUGUAUAAAACUUUAAUAGACUUCAAGUCCAAUCACCGUCUCCUUAUCACUGGAACUCCUCUACAAAACUCCCUCAAAGAGCUCUGGUCUUUGCUUCAUUUCAUUAUGCCAGAAAAGUUUUCUUCCUGGGAAGAUUUUGAAGAAGAGCAUGGCAAAGGCAGAGAAUAUGGUUAUGCAAGCCUCCACAAGGAACUUGAGCCAUUUCUGUUACGCAGAGUUAAGAAAGAUGUGGAAAAAUCACUUCCUGCUAAGGUUGAGCAGAUUUUAAGAAUGGAAAUGAGUGCUUUACAGAAACAGUAUUACAAAUGGAUAUUAACUAGGAAUUACAAAGCCCUCAGCAAAGGUUCUAAGGGCAGUACCUCAGGCUUUUUGAAUAUUAUGAUGGAGCUAAAGAAAUGUUGUAAUCACUGCUACCUCAUUAAACCACCAGACAAUAAUGAAUUCUAUAAUAAACAGGAGGCCUUACAACACUUAAUCCGUAGUAGCGGAAAAUUGAUUCUUCUUGACAAGCUGUUAAUUCGCCUAAGAGAAAGAGGCAAUAGAGUUCUUAUUUUUUCUCAAAUGGUGCGGAUGUUAGAUAUACUUGCAGAGUAUUUGAAAUAUCGUCAAUUCCCCUUUCAAAGAUUAGAUGGAUCAAUAAAAGGGGAGUUGAGGAAACAAGCUCUAGAUCAUUUUAAUGCUGAAGGAUCAGAGGAUUUCUGCUUUUUGCUUUCCACAAGAGCUGGAGGUCUAGGAAUUAAUUUAGCCUCAGCUGACACUGUGGUUAUAUUUGAUUCUGAUUGGAAUCCACAAAAUGAUCUUCAGGCGCAGGCUAGAGCUCAUCGUAUUGGGCAAAAGAAACAGGUGAAUAUUUAUCGUCUAGUUACAAAGGGAUCAGUGGAAGAGGAUAUCCUUGAAAGGGCCAAAAAGAAGAUGGUUCUAGAUCAUCUUGUGAUUCAAAGAAUGGACACAACUGGCAAGACAGUGCUACAUACAGGUUCUGCCCCCUCAAGUUCUACUCCUUUCAAUAAAGAAGAGUUGUCUGCCAUUUUAAAAUUUGGUGCUGAGGAACUUUUUAAGGAACCUGAAGGAGAAGAACAAGAGCCCCAGGAAAUGGAUAUCGAUGAAAUCUUGAAGAGGGCUGAAACUCAUGAAAAUGAACCAGGCCCUUUAACUGUAGGAGAUGAAUUGCUUUCCCAGUUCAAGGUUGCCAACUUUUCAAACAUGGAUGAGGAUGACAUUGAGUUGGAACCUGAACGAAAUUCAAAGAAUUGGGAAGAAAUCAUUCCAGAAGAUCAAAGAAGACGAUUAGAAGAGGAAGAAAGACAAAAAGAACUUGAAGAAAUUUAUAUGCUUCCAAGAAUGAGAAACUGUGCUAAGCAGAUUAGUUUCAAUGGAAGUGAAGGGAGGCGCAGCAGAAGCAGAAGAUAUUCUGGAUCUGAUAGUGAUUCAAUCUCAGAAAGGAAAAGGCCAAAGAAACGUGGAAGACCACGAACUAUCCCUCGAGAGAAUAUUAAAGGAUUUAGUGAUGCAGAAAUUCGGCGGUUUAUCAAGAGUUACAAGAAAUUUGGUGGCCCUCUAGAAAGAUUGGAUGCAAUAGCUCGAGAUGCUGAAUUAGUUGAUAAGUCAGAGACAGACCUCAGACGACUAGGAGAGUUGGUACAUAAUGGUUGCAUUAAAGCUUUGAAGGAUAAUUCUUCAGGAACAGAACGGACAGGUGGUAGACUUGGAAAAGUAAAGGGUCCAACAUUCCGAAUAUCAGGAGUACAAGUGAAUGCCAAGUUAGUCAUCUCCCAUGAGGAAGAAUUAAUACCAUUACAUAAAUCCAUUCCUUCAGAUCCAGAAGAAAGAAAGCAGUACACUAUCCCAUGCCAUACAAAGGCUGCUCAUUUUGAUAUAGACUGGGGCAAAGAAGAUGAUUCCAAUUUAUUAAUUGGCAUAUAUGAAUAUGGAUAUGGAAGCUGGGAAAUGAUUAAAAUGGAUCCUGACCUCAGUCUAACACACAAGAUUCUUCCAGAUGACCCUGAUAAAAAACCACAAGCAAAACAGUUGCAGACUCGGGCAGACUACCUCAUCAAAUUACUUAGUAGAGAUCUUGCAAAAAAAGAAGCUCAAAGACUUUCUGGUGCAGGAGGUUCAAAGAGGAGAAAAGCUAGAACUAAGAAGAAUAAAUCAAUGAAGUCUAUAAAGGUGAAAGAGGAAAUAAAGAGUGAUUCUUCUCCUCUGCUCUCAGAAAAGUCCGAUGAAGAUGAUAAGUUGAGCGAAUCCAAAUCUGAUAGCAAGGAAAGAUCCAAGAAAUCUUCAGUGUCUGAUCCUUUAGUUCAUAUCACUGCAAGUGGUGAACCAGUUCCCAUAUCUGAAGAAUCUGAAGAGCUGGAUCAGAAGACAUUCAGCAUUUGUAAAGAAAGAAUGAGGCCUGUCAAAGCAGCUUUGAAACAACUUGAUAGGCCUGAGAAAGGCCUUUCAGAAAGAGAACAACUAGAGCAUACUAGGCAAUGUUUAAUAAAAAUUGGUGACCAUAUCACAGAAUGUCUGAAAGAGUAUACAAAUCCUGAACAAAUCAAGCAGUGGAGAAAAAACCUGUGGAUUUUCGUAUCUAAGUUUACUGAAUUUGAUGCAAGAAAAUUACAUAAGUUAUAUAAGCAUGCUAUUAAAAAACGGCAGGAAUCUCAGCAAAAUAAUGACCAGAACAGCAACGUGAAUAUUCAAGUGAUUAGAAAUCCAGAUGUGGAAAGAUUAAAAGAAAAUACUAAUCAUGAUGAUAGCAGCAGAGACAGUUAUUCUUCUGAUAGACACUUAUCUCAGUAUCAUGAUCAUCAUAAAGACCGACAUCAGGGAGAUUCUUACAAAAAGAGUGACUCUAGGAAAAGGCCCUAUUCUUCUUUUAGUAAUGGAAAAGAUCAUCGUGAUUGGGAUCACUACAAGCAAGACAGCAGAUAUUACAGUGAUAGAGAGAAACACAGAAAACUGGAUGAUCACAGAAGUAGAGAUCACAGGUCAAAUUUGGAAGGAAGUUUAAAAGAUAGAUCUCAUUCAGAUCAUCGGUUACAUUCAGAUCAUCGGUUACAUUCAGAUCAUCGGUCAAGUUCUGAAUAUACACAUCAUAAAUCUUCCAGGGAUUAUAGGUAUCACUCAGAUUGGCAAAUGGACCACAGAGCUUCCAGUAGUGGGCCUAGAUCACCACUAGAUCAGAGGUCUCCUUAUGGCUCCAGAUCUCCAUUUGAACAUUCAAUUGAACACAAAAGUACACCUGAGCAUACCUGGAGUAAUCGGAAAACAUAA